CAGACCUCGUGCUCGUCCCCCUCGCUUGUCUGUGUGUGGUAUCCGCAGGUCCGGGGCACUUUUUUUUGGUGUGUGUGUGUGUGUGUGUGCGCGCGCGCGCGCGCGCGCGUCUGGGGGGAUUGUCGGGGAGCGGAGAGGAGAGCCGGGCCGAGGGGAAGGAAGGAAGCCGCAGAGGUCCCCGGUCUCGGGCUGCGUCUCCCCUCCAGCGCUCUCCUGCUUGCGCGCUCGGAGGCGGCGGCGGCGGCGGCGGCGCCAAGCGCUCCUCGCUGGGGACCCGGCCCUCGAGCUGGGAGCAGCGAGGACCCUUUUGCGGCGGUUUCCUGUGCCUGCUGGAGUUAGGAUGCCAGGGCGGUUGAUUCCCACCUCCUGAGCGCGGAGUUUCCUCCUCGGCCCUGGGAAGGGCUCGCAGCGGCGGCGGCGACAGAAGCAGACUGAACAGCAGGCUCUCCUCUCCAAGGGGGGGCGUCGAAGCGCCCGCGCCGGGCUCCCGCCCUCACCCUCCGGCGCUCCUGCGGCCCAAGCCGCCACCUCGGUGCUUGCCUUCUUCCUCUUCUCGCGGAGAGCUGCCCCUGGGAUCGGACCUGAACGCCCUGGAUGCUCGGACUGCCCCGGCGCGUCCCCCUCCCGGCGCGACGCGCUGAGUGAUCCGGAGGGCGCCCGCGCUUGCCCCAGGAGGGGCCCCGGACCUCGGGACCCCGCGCCGGACCCUCCGGGGUGACGACGAUGUCCGCGCAGUCUCCGGCUCUGACGCGCUCCAGGCAGUGGGGGGAAGGCGGCCGGCUUCAGUCAGCCGAACCCUAGGUGCACAAAGCCCAAGCCCACCGCCCGGCCUCGGUGCCCGCCGACGACUUUGCCGCCUGCUUCUCGGCUCUUUGUCUCCGCUUGGGGCGGGCGCCUGACUCUGGGAUUUCGCUGCGAGAGCGGGCUGGGGGGGCCGGGGGCGAGCUCUCGGUUUCCCGGCCGCCCCCCGCUCGGUCUUGGCUCCCCCCUCCCCCGCACCUCCCCGACCCGAGCUCUCCGCGUUUCUACGCUCUCAGAAUCACGACCCCUCCCUGCCAUGUAUCCGCAAGGCAGACAUCCGGCUCCCCAUCAACCUGGGCAGCCGGGAUUUAAAUUCACAGUGGCUGAGUCUUGUGACAGGAUCAAAGACGAAUUCCAGUUCCUGCAAGCUCAAUACCACAGCCUCAAAGUGGAGUACGACAAGCUGGCGAACGAGAAGACGGAGAUGCAGCGCCAUUAUGUGAUGUACUAUGAGAUGUCCUAUGGCUUGAACAUUGAAAUGCACAAGCAGACAGAGAUUGCGAAGAGACUCAACACAAUUUUAGCACAGAUCAUGCCUUUCUUGUCCCAAGAGCACCAGCAGCAGGUGGCGCAGGCUGUGGAACGAGCCAAGCAGGUCACCAUGACGGAGCUGAACGCCAUCAUCGGGGUACGUGGACUCCCCAAUCUGCCUCUCACCCAACAACAGCUCCAGGCGCAGCACCUCUCCCAUGCCACACAUGGCCCCCCGGUCCAGCUGCCACCCCACCCGUCAGGCCUCCAGCCUCCAGGGAUCCCCCCAGUGACGGGGAGCAGCUCAGGGCUGCUGGCGCUCGGUGCCCUGGGCAGCCAGGCCCACCUGUCGGUAAAGGACGAGAAGAAUCACCAUGAACUGGACCACAGAGGGUCCUUGGAAAAGGUACCCAGUUGGCGCUCAAGUCAAGAUGUGUUAGUGGAGUGGACUCCCUUUAAGCGGAGGCAGUGGUCACGCUCCUGCAGGGAGAUGAUUGGAAAGACUGCGAAGAGAGAAUCCAGCGCGAAUAACUCAGUGUCGCCCUCGGAAAGCCUGCGGGCCAGUGAGAAGCACCGGGGCUCCGCAGACUACAGCAUGGAAGCCAAGAAGCGGAAAGCGGAGGAGAAGGACAGCUUGAGCCGAUACGACAGUGACGGGGACAAGAGUGACGAUCUGGUGGUGGACGUUUCCAAUGAGGACCCAGCGACGCCCCGGGUCAGCCCAGCACACUCCCCUCCCGAGAACGGGCUGGACAAGGCCCGUGGCCUGAAGAAGGACGCCCCCACCAGCCCUGCCUCGGUGGCCUCCUCCAGCAGCACGCCCUCCUCCAAGACCAAAGACCUUGGUCAUAAUGACAAAUCCUCCACCCCUGGGCUCAAGUCCAACACUCCAACCCCAAGGAACGAUGCCCCAACUCCGGGCACCAGCACGACCCCGGGGCUCCGGUCGAUGCCAGGCAAACCUCCAGGCAUGGACCCGAUAGGUAUAAUGGCCUCUGCCUUGCGCACACCCAUCUCCAUCACCAGCUCCUAUGCUGCGCCCUUUGCCAUGAUGAGCCACCACGAGAUGAACGGCUCCCUCACCAGCCCCAGCGCCUAUGCCGGCCUGCACAACAUCCCACCCCAGAUGAGCGCGGCUGCCGCUGCCGCUGCUGCCGCCUAUGGCCGAUCGCCAAUGGUGAGCUUUGGAGCUGUUGGCUUUGACCCUCACCCUCCCAUGCGGGCCACGGGCCUGCCCUCAAGCCUUGCCUCUAUUCCUGGUGGAAAACCAGCGUACUCUUUCCACGUGAGUGCUGAUGGGCAGAUGCAGCCCGUGCCCUUCCCCCACGACGCCCUGGCAGGCCCCAACAUCCCCAGGCACGCCCGGCAGAUCAACACACUCAGCCACGGGGAGGUGGUGUGCGCUGUGACCAUCAGCAACCCCACGCGGCACGUUUACACUGGUGGCAAAGGCUGCGUGAAGAUCUGGGACAUCAGCCAGCCAGGCAGCAAGAGCCCCAUCUCCCAGCUGGACUGUCUGAACAGGGACAACUAUAUCCGCUCCUGCAAGCUGCUCCCUGAUGGACGGACGCUCAUCGUGGGCGGCGAGGCCAGCACGCUCACCAUCUGGGACUUGGCCUCACCCACGCCCCGCAUCAAGGCUGAGCUGACGUCCUCGGCUCCUGCCUGCUAUGCCCUGGCCAUCAGCCCCGAUGCCAAAGUCUGCUUCUCCUGCUGUAGUGAUGGCAACAUCGCCGUGUGGGACCUGCACAACCAGACCCUGGUCAGGCAGUUCCAGGGCCACACGGACGGGGCCAGUUGCAUAGACAUCUCCCACGAUGGCACAAAGCUAUGGACUGGGGGCCUGGACAACACCGUGCGCUCCUGGGACCUGAGGGAGGGACGGCAGCUGCAGCAGCACGACUUCACCUCCCAGAUCUUCUCGCUGGGUUACUGCCCCACUGGGGAGUGGCUGGCCGUGGGCAUGGAGAGCAGCAACGUGGAGGUGCUGCACCACACCAAGCCUGACAAGUACCAGCUGCAUCUGCAUGAGAGCUGCGUGCUCUCCCUCAAGUUCGCCUACUGUGGCAAAUGGUUUGUGAGCACUGGGAAAGAUAACCUUCUCAAUGCCUGGAGGACGCCGUAUGGAGCCAGCAUAUUCCAGUCUAAGGAAUCCUCAUCUGUCUUGAGUUGUGACAUUUCGGCGGAUGACAAAUAUAUUGUAACAGGCUCUGGUGACAAGAAGGCCACGGUUUAUGAGGUCAUCUACUAAAGCAAGGACGCUAACAGGGCUGUCAAACUCUGGGAGAAACAGACUCGGCUGUGCCAGGGAGACCCCGGCGAGGGGCCCCGAGGAUGCGGAGGGACGGGCGGCGAGCGUCCAGUCGUCCCAGCGCGGCGCUUCGGCGGGCGGAGAGGGCGCGCGCCCAUCACGGUUGGGACUCCCCUGCACGGAUUGAGGUGUCUCACGGACUCCGAUGGAUUUCUCUUCUCCUCCCUUAACAAUCCUGGCAGAUGCUACAAAUAGAUUUAUUUGGAGGCUCAUGGCUCCUUCAUGAGUCUCUCUUUCCUUCCCCUUUCUUUUGAUCUGUCCCCUUGCCCAGGCUUGGGGACACUGGAGUGGGGACCACACAUUUGUGCCGGGGGAGGGGGGGUGGGGCUCGUGUUCCCAACUGUGCAGCGCACAUGAUUUUGUGAAAAGUGUAAAUAACAGACUUCUAUCUCAGGCUGGUCAGCGGGGGAGGAGCCCCUUCCCACCGACCACACCAGCCGUGUAUUUCGCCUGCUGUAUUUGUAAUCCACUCGUGGUGGUGGCUUUUUUUUUUUUUUUAAACCAGACGUUCCCAUCUGGGAAGGGGAGGCAGGGAGGGGGGGCAACAUUGUGAGGGGGUGGAACGGGGAGAAAAUGCCUGGGGUGGAGCAGGGGCCCCACAGCUGGUAGCCAGCUGGACCGUCAGGUACCCCCAGGAUACAUGUGUCUUCGUGUGGACCUGGGAAUCCCCUGAGGCGUGUCAGGACCGUGUUCCAGACAGACUGACAGACGGACAGAGCUUGCGAUGGGUGCCAGCCUGGACUUCUCUGUGACCUCCUGAGCUCCACCUGCCUCUUGGCCUCUCAACUCCCCUCUCAGGUGUCUGCCUCCCCCCCUCCCUCCGCAUCUCCGUUUGAUGCACACUUGGUUAUGGUAAUGACAAACAGAAGUUCAAAGGCACUCUGUCUCCAGCCCUUUCUUAACCUUCAGACAACCUAAAAAGGAUACGAAGUUAGAGGAAAGCAUAGCAACUCAGCUCAGGGAGCUACCAGAGAAAAAAAUAGCAACAAUGUGGGUGCUUUUUUUUUUUUUUUUUUUGAAUUUGAAUUUGAAUGAAAAGAAUUAGAAGUGAUAUCCUUUUGUAAAAUGCCCUUCCCCCCCUUUCCUGCCUCUGACCCCUUCUCCUCUCUUUAGAGGGAAAACGUGUAUUUAACCUGCAGGGUUGUGAUUCUGAGAGGACUAUCCCCCUCCCAGGGCAGGGCAGGGGGCUUGGGCUCGGGCUGGUGGCACACUGUGCUGAGGUGUGUAGCUUCCUGUCUCUCUUAGAAGCCCAGACAGGUUACAGGUAGAAUAUCGUUUCCUGCAGGUGCCACUUUGGGGUAGCAAAAUGUUCUGAGGUAUUAGGAUUUUGGUGUUUUUGUUCUUGUUUUUUGUUGUUGCUUUUUCCUUUUGGGUCUUAUUUUUUCUUCUUUUAAGGAAAAGCAGAAAGGCCGUUAUGAGUCCUGGAGGUGGGCUCUCCAUGGAUGUAGCAUAUGGAUGAUUUUUAUACUGCAUUUUUAUGGAUUAUUUUAUAAUGUGUGAUUCUGUCUGAUGAGGAGGCAGGGGGGGCUCAGGUGAACCCCCCUUCGAUGCUCUUGCUCCCGGGUGAGCCCCUAUCCUGGCCUACCGUGGAGGCUGCAGAGACCGGCAGGGCACCCUUACCUUUCUGAGGUUGGGGAGGGAUGUCCAGAGUCUGUCUGUCUGUCUGUUUCUCUCUCUCUCUUUCUCUGGGUCUCAGAUGUUCAUCUACCACCUCUUAAGGGUGUUGCCACAAAGGAGGGGGAGGGUAGAAGAAAGUUGAUUCCUGAAGGAAAAAAGAAAAUGAAAAGUCAUUGUAAUGAGCUGUUUUUAUAUUUUUAAAAGUUACUAUUUAAAGGUU